UUGAAUUCCAAAAGUUCAAAGUGACAAACAGUUUUAUGAUGAGAUAUUAUUCCAUCAUUCACUGGUAACUCGCAUACCCUUUUUCUGAUUUCUCUUCAUUUGAAACCACAGAUAAAGUGAGCAAAGUGAAAGCAACAAGAAACUUACAAGGAAAAAAUAGGUAACAUGGCAUGCUUUGUGCCUUUUAAUACCACAAACAUGGAGAUAAGCCUUCUAGUAUUCAGGCCAACAGUAGUAGAAGUUGAUGAUGUUGUGGAAGGUCUGAAGCAUUUUUCCUUGUGCACGGAGGGGCUUGGUUGUCUUCAUAGUGCUAUAUUGAGAAGUAUUCAUGGAAAUAUGAUCAUUUGGUAUGGAGCAUGGAUGAAGAGAUCAGACGAAAACAAGGAUUCGCUUAGUGCUGCUUUUAGCUCGAUGCUGACAAAUGUAUCGAGUAUGGCCAUCUUAAUUGAUCAAAGCUUCUUUGAGGCAUAUGCUGGAGAAUCAAGAGAGGGCUGCCAAGCUGCAAAAAUUUUUACAGGAGACAUAGUUUCCCUGAAUUCAACUACUCUGUCUACUGAUGAUAUGAACAAGAACUACUUCUCUUACGCGUGUUUAGCCAUAUUCAGGACGCGUUUCCUGAAGAUGGAGGGUGCAACAGCCGGAGUCUGCUUGAAAUCCCAAACCAUGUCUCGAGUCGUCGGUCUUUUUGUGUGGAAAUCUCUUCAUCAUUGCUACUCAUACAUCUUGAACACUGACUAUCGAGAGACAAUUUUGCCAUAUCUUGAGGGCCAUUCUCUUGAUAUCAAGUAUGACAUUUUUAGAGUUGCCUAUGUCAGUAGCAACAAUGCCGCAGAUAUUCAGUUUUUUUCAUCAUCCAGACUGUGGCAGAAUGAUGUGGAAGGUAAAGGAGGCUGCCCGGUUACACAAGAUUUUGAAAGAAAGGGGCAGGAUAUUAAGUAAGCACCGUAGCGUAUCAUACCCCAAAAAUUAUAUGCAAUCUUUGUAUACUAUCAGUUUCAUUUAAGCUUUUAAGUUACACACUCACAUUUUCAUACCAAUUCUGCUACGGUAUUCCUUUCUCGGUUUUAGUUGUGCUGGAGGAUACCUUAAUAAGAGAGACAUCAUAAAACUUUCUCCCUCUUGCUAA